AGUGCUUUCGCAAAGAGUGGUUUAUAAUCCAAUAGCAUAUUAAGCUUCUUAAAAAAAACCAGGAGCAUCUUGUUUGGCUGAAGAAAAGAACAAUUUUGGUUCCUUUCGUCUCACAUAACAUAAGGAUUUCUGCACCAAAUAUUCGGGUUUGCUUUGAUGAAAUGAGAUGCAAAUUUUUGAAUAUUUAAAAAAAAGAACAUCCAUGGCCGCCGCACCGCUGCAAAUUUCUACUCGAGGAGGGGAAAGCACUGCUCCGAUUAAUGAACCUUCCGGGCCACAAAGAAAACAAUCUACAAAGCAUAAGUAUGGGUUUAUUCCUGAUCAUUUCUCAACCUUCGAUCAGGUUACCCAGGCUUUAAGAGAAGCUGGUCUAGAGUCGUCUAAUCUCAUACUCGGAAUCGAUUUCACGAAAAGCAAUGAAUGGACAGCCCGUACGUCAAUGUUUUUAUUGAAGGCAAAGUAUCAUUCAACAACCGGAGUCUACAUGCAAUUGGUGAUACACCAAAUCCGUAUGAGAAAGCCAUCUCCAUCAUCGGAAAGACUCUGGCUCCAUUUGAUGAAGACAACUUGAUACCUUGUUUCGGCUUUGGUGACGCUACCACGCAUGAUACGGAAGUGUUUAGCUUCCACAAUGAUCAUUCAUCUUGCCAUGGAUUUGAAGAAGUCUUAGCUUGUUACAGAAAGAUUGUUCCAAACUUGAGACUAGCUGGACCAACUUCUUACGCACCUGUAAUCGAUGUUGCUGUUGACAUUGUGGAAAAUAGUGGUGGUCAAUUCCAUGUCUUAGUUAUCAUUGCAGAUGGCCAGGUCACACGAAGUGUUAAUACAAGUGACAGAGAGCUCAGUCCACAAGAAGAAAGUACAAUCAAUUCAAUUGUGAAUGCAAGCUUAUACCCACUGUCGAUUGUUCUGGUUGGUGUUGGUGACGGACCUUGGGAUGAUAUGAAGAAAUUUGAUGAUAAGAUUCCGGCACGCGAGUUUGACAACUUCCAGUUUGUUAAUUUCACAGGGAUUAUGUCCAAAAAUAUAAGUCUAAAAGAGAAGGAAACUGCUUUUGCGCUUGCUGCUCUCAUGGAAAUCCCUUUACAGUACAAAGCAGUGAUAGAACUUGGCAUUCUUGGACAACGAACUGGAAAAGCCAAGAAAGUAGUUGCACGGCCUCCCCCAGUUUCCUACCGUAGACCUACACCUGCUCCACCUGAGCGUAUGCCGAGCAAUGUCUCAUCAUCAUCACCUGCGGAUGAUCAGACCCAGGCUACAUGCCCAAUAUGCCUUACGAAUACAAAGGACUUGGCCUUUAAUUGCGGGCAUACGACUUGCAGGGAAUGUGGGUCAAAAGUGUCGAAUUGUCCAAUAUGCCGCCAAAGGAUUACUAAUCGUCUUAGGCUGUUUACUUGAUUUCCAUAUUUAUGUACAGCUUUCCAAGUGUUGAUGAUUUCAGACUCAGUAAAUCAUUACUUAGGUUUAUUUUAUUUUAUUUUAUUUUACAAAUUUAAUUUAUACUUGUUGGGUGAGGAUUUGAAUUUCUGCGUUAAGAUAUUAGUUUGCUCAUAUAUAAAAGUAGUUUGUUUCAGAUAAUUAUCAAUAAAUACCUAGGUUUUUUUCUGAAGAA